AUGGAUCACGGACAACUGCAGGGUGCUAUGUUUCUGUUGCAGCGUUAUUACUUGCUAUUCUCGAAUGAAAUCAAAAUGAUAUCGAAAGUUGACGAAGAUGGUUUUAUUGUGGUCAGUAGAAGUCGAAGGAGACGUAUGAAACUAUCCUCUAGAUCUGGUUCGAAAAUUAUUGGUAAUUGCAACGCGUACAAGGCUUUCAGUAAUGUACAUGAUUGCACAGCAGAUGAAGAUGAAAUAUCUGCGCGCGACAUUGAGCAGAUUAUCACAAAUGCCUGUAACAAGAAGGAAAUGAUAGAUUAUAGCCACAUAAUUAUCAAUUUGUUAUGCGAAUGUCUCUCCGGGUGCAAACUUUCAAGCAUUUGGGCAAUCGGAGUUGGUUCCUUCUGUCGUUCCUGGUAUUGCGGUAGAGAUCAGCUGGCUUUACUACUCCAUUUGAAAGAAUACUUUCAAUGUAAAGUAUACUUUCAGGAACCAUGCUUAACUAAAGAGGAAAAAGAUUGGCUUUGUAAUCAUAAUAUUUGUUUAUCUACAACCACUGAUUUAUUAACUUGUCGGCUACAUGAUGACAUUGAUGAAGAUGUUGUGUUAUUCUACGCUCCUCACUGUGGACAUGCUGUGUACAAUAGUGUAAUUUAUGCACACAGGAAGAAGCUAAAUAGGAUCCUAAUUAUUGGUAAUAAUUUUCAUAUGAUGAACUUCGAUACUGACUGUAGAACAGAGCAUGAGGGGUCAAAUAAAGUUGAAAAUACUGUAAAUGUAUAUCAGUGGCAUAAUGCUAUGAAGUUGGAUUCCAGUGAGUUAAGAGCUCUCUUUCUUUACAGCAAAUCAUGUAACUCCCUACAAUUUCCUAUUCUAAGUUCUAAUUUUUCUGCUUUCAAUCAUACAGCUUUGCAUUUUCAACCUGAAAAUUCUCCAUUGCUUCAAAUUCCAGAAGAAAUUCCAAGGUAUUUAUUGUAUGGCUAUGGGAUUGUGAUUUGA